GGCUGCUGGCAGUGUCGAGAGCCGCACGGCUCGCGGGGCUGGGCGGAAAGCGGUGGCAACACACCGAGCGAUCAGGACGCGUCCCAGAAGCAUGCAGAUGAGCGCUGCGCAGCGUGCGCGGCCGGCUGUGCCGCUUUUGAUCUCGAGCUGCGCUUGCUAGUGUCUUACUGGCCGCUAGCUCGAGUGCCCGAGUGCCCGGAUCCGGACCAACUGGUCCCAAGAGACGGCGCGAGAGCGUCUCUAUAAUCAGUUGUAACGAAGCUAAAGGCCCUCAUCCUCUGUCCGGCCUACGGCGGCCUUAGACGAUCGCACAAAUGGAAUCGGAUUCGGAUCUCGAGUCGCUCCCAGACUCGGACCCAGAGCAUAAUGUUCCACUCGUUCCAUGUAAUAUCGCGAGGGCUGCAGCGGAAGGAGAUCUCGAAGAAGUCAGGUGGUGGCUAGAGGGCCAUGACAGCGACGACGAGCGAGACUGGGUGAACGCCGAGGACGAGGACCUCCGUGGUAUGACGCUUCUCCUGCAUGCGUGUACGGGGCCCGACCACGACGACCGGUACAAUUCGCGAGACGACGAAGCCUACGUCGAUUUGGUACGGUACCUCAUUGCUCAAGGUGCCGACGUGAAUCACGUCUCGUGGUGCUAUGAAAAUACCGCAAUGUCGGUAGCUUGUAGCCAUGGGGUAUGUGCAGAGUUGGUCGCGGAGCUUCUAUCGGCGGGCGCUUCUCCGCACGUAGGCCAAGGUUCCUAUACUCCUCUGGGCGUGUGCUUGAGUAUUUGCGAGAGACCUCAGGGACCGCGCGCGGACGUCGUGACGCUGCUGCUGCGGGCCGGCGCGGAGCUGGAUUCAUGCUUCGGUGAUGAGUCGGCUCUGUCGGAGCGGUCGGUGGAGGAGGUGAUAGACGGCAUAGAGUAUGAGAUGGAGUCACAGGGGUUCCACCCGCAGUUGAAUGCUGAUGAGCUCAAGACUAUCAAGGAGCUCGUCGCCGGCGUGCGACGCGAAGGUUCCUGGCUGGCGUUCCGCCGUGCUGAGCAGAAAGCGUCCUUCCGCCUCUGGUGGCUGGUCGCCCGCGGGCGGGCGACGACGGCGGAUCCUCUUCUCGGACGCGUCGCGGGCCUGCCGAACGAACUCCGAUCCAAGGUCCUCGGCUACUGGUGCCUCGCCGAGUAGGCAUCCUUCGAGUAAUGGCUUUACCCAGGGUAGGAAUCGAGAUCUGAACUUUACUUCCCGGCGGCCUGAUAAGUGGCUCCGAAACCAAAAGUCCUGC